CUCGGGUCACGCGCGCAUGGAGGACGGAAUACCAGUGUUAUACAUAGCAACAGCAUGAACGCUGCAGCAAAUGACAGAAAUCAAGUGCUGGUUGUUUUGCUAAUUUUUGCCUCGUCGUUUUCGUGAGCUGUUUGGUGAACGGGGACUGAAACAAGUUGGACAAGUAGUUUACUGAAGAAAACAUCUGCCCAGCUGUGCUGAAUUAAUUUCCCCUUAAAGCCGCAAGCAGCAUGGGGCAAACUCUGGCAAGGGCUGCCCAGUGGACCUCCGUCAGCGAGGGCGGGGAGGGCAAGUUGGAAUUUAACAAGGCUAACGAACUCCUGCUGAACAGCUUCAUCCGGUUUGUGGAGGCGUUCCCCUCCAAGCAUCCACAAGAGGCAGCCCUUGUCUUCAAGACGCCCUUGGUGUGGAAGACGGUCUUGGACACUUCCGAGUUUAGUGGGGACUAUGAACGAAGUGAUGAUGGGCUCCGUUCCAAGGCCAGAGACAAGCAUGACCAGCCCCUCCUGUUUGUGGAGAAACUGGGCGAGCUGAACCAUAAAGUCCACGUAUCUACACUGGGAGAGCUGAGCAAUCUGCUCAAGGCAGCGGGCAACAAGAAGAUGCAAGAAGCCAGAGCCAUCUUGGAAGCCAACCGAGACCCAGUAGCCAAGAUCCUCGGAGACGGCUUUGCCACGGUGGAAGGGGAAGACAACUCCACCCUGCGCUUGCUGGAUCAGGCCAGCAAGGAGUCAGGAGACCAGUCCGCCGAGGAGAACCAGACCAAGCUACGCCUUCUGCUGCUGACCCAACAGUUUGACAUGGAGCUCAUGAGGAACAGUAUCAAGGAACUAUCCCAAGAAAUCCGCUUGACGCCUCAGCUGGUCAACAACGAGAUCCACCUGCUGCAGUCCUUUGCUGGUACGGACGGCGGCUGUGCCUUGGAGAGCAUCCAGCAUGUCUUGGAGUAUGAGUUUGACAACGGCUGCCACGCCCCACCCUGGAGGCAGGUCAACGGUGAUAUCUGCUACCUGGUGGUCAAGCCGCUGGACGGAGAUGAGAUGUCGGUCACUGCUAACACCAGCGGAUGCUACGUCAACAAGGGAGUUACCAGCAACAUGGAUGAUUCUAACUUUGACCGGGAGGGGGAGACCUACAAGGAUCUGGUCAGCCUCCUGUCUGCCAAGAGCCGCAAAUUCCAAGACAUGAUCAACAGCAAGGAGUUUGCCCUGCACGAGGAAAAGAAGACAGAACAGCUCAACGCUUACGAGGAUGCCAACGCGGAUGACGAGCCAGACAGACCCAUGGAGAGGGAGAAGACUAAGGAGGAGAAAGAAGAGAAGGUCAUCAAGGAAAAGACCAGGAAAUCCAAGAAGAAGACAUCCCCCAGCAAGAAGAUGCAGCCCACACUGAACUGGAAGAAUGAGGAGAACAAAGGCAAGCAAGAGAAGGUUGAUAAACCAGAGAAGAAAGUAUCCAGGCAAGCAAGCGAUCGUAAGACCAAGACCCCUGCCCUUGAGGAGGAAUACUCAGAGAGUUCCUCGGAGAGUGAAGAGGAGGAGGAAUCAACUGACAGACGGCAGGAGCAGAACUCAGACUUACCGUCAGAGUACUGGCAGAUUCAGAAACUGGUCAAAUACCUCAAGGGAGGCAACCAGACGGCCACAGUGAUUGCCCUGUGUGCCAUGAGAGACUUCAACCUGUCUCAAGAGACCUGCCAGCUGGCUAUCAGGGACGUCGGGGGACUAGACGUCCUUAUUAACCUGCUGGAGACUAAUGCCAUCAAGUGCAAGAUUGGCUCGCUGAAGAUCCUGAAGGAGAUAUCGCGGAACACCCAGAUCCGUAAGGCCAUCGCAGACCUGGGAGGCCUACAGACCAUGGUGGACAUCCUGCAGGCCUCCGACAAGGACCUCAAGUGUCUGUCGGCUGAGACUAUCGCCAACGUGGCCAAGUUCAGGAGGGCUCGUCGCACAGUCAGGCAGCACGGAGGCAUCAGGAAGCUGGUUGCCCUGUUGGACUGCGCCCCCAUUGGUUCCGUCCCAGUCACCCCGGAGUCGGAGAAGGACGUUGAAGUAGCCAAGUGUGGCGCCCUCGCUCUGUGGAGUUGCAGCAAGAGCACCAAGAACAAGCAGGCCAUCCGCAAGGCCGGCGGGAUCCCCCUGCUGGCACGGCUGCUCAAGGCACGGCACGAGGACAUGCUUAUUCCGGUUGUGGGCACACUGCAAGAGUGCUCAUCUGAGCAUAGCUACCGCCUCGCCAUCCGCACCGAGGGCAUGAUCGAAGACCUGGUCAAGAACCUGCACAGCGAGAACCAAGAGCUGCAGAUGCACUGUGCCAGCGCCAUCUUCAAAUGCGCCGAGGAGAAGGAAACGCGGGACCUGGUGCGUCUGUACGGCGGGCUGGACCCCAUGGUGGCGCUGCUCAAUAAGUCCGACAACAAGGAGCUGUUGGCAGCUGCUACCGGAGCUAUCUGGAAGUGUGCCAUGAGCCCUGAGAACGUGUCACGCUUCCAGGAGCUGAAGGCCAUUGAGCUGCUGGUGGGCUUGCUCAAUGAACAGCCAGAGGAGGUUUUGGUCAAUGUGGUAGGAGCAUUGGGUGAGUGCGCAGCCCAGGAACCGUCCAAUCGCAUGGCCAUCCGUAAAGCCGGUGGCAUCCCUCCACUGGUGAACCUACUGACGGGUACCAACCAAGCCCUGCUGGUCAAUGUCACAAAGGCGGUGGGUGCCUGCGCUACGGAGGCUGACAAUAUGGGCAUCAUUGACAGACUGGAUGGUGUGCGUCUUCUCUGGUCUUUACUCAAGAACCAGAACCAGCAAGUUCAGGCCAGCGCCGCCUGGGCCAUCUGCCCGUGUAUUGAAAACGCAAAGGAUGCGGGUGAGAUGGUGCGUUCCUUUGUGGGCGGUCUGGAGCUCAUCGUCAGCUUGCUCAAGUCAGAUGACAGGGAGGUGCUAGCCAGUGUCUGUGCUGCCAUCGCAAACAUUGCUAAGGAUGAGGAGAAUUUGGCCGUCAUUACUGAUCACGGCGUGGUGCCCAUGCUGGCCAAACUAGCCACUACUACCGAUGACAAGCUUAGACGUCACCUAGCCGAUGCCAUUGCCCGCUGCUGCAUGUGGGGCAACAACCGCGUGGCGUUUGGUCAGAAUGGUGCCGUAGCGCCGCUGGUCAAGUACCUCAAGUCACCAGACAUCAACGUGCAUCGGGCUACAGCCACCGCACUCUUCCAACUGUCCAGGGAUCCUAAUAAUUGUAUCACUAUGCAUGACAGCGGCGUAGUCAAGCCGUUGAUCGACAUGGUGGGCUCUGAGGACUUUGCCUUACAAGAAGCGGCAGCCGGCUGCAUUGGUAACAUCAGACUACUGGCACUGGCCAAUGAGAAGGCUCGAUAUAAAUAGACAAAAACACAAACAGAAAUCCGCGGUGUGCAUUGGGUCAUUCCACAGAGAAACGCUUCUCAUUUAUUAUUUGAUAUUCUCGUCACGCCGCAUUGUUUAACUGCUGGAUCUUGCAAAGCCAUGAACUGUGGGGUAUCGUCGCAUUUAGAAGCAGAAAAUUCAACUUCAAGGCUCUUGUUACAUAGGUCGUAAACAUAUGUUAUUUAUACAUGCAUCUAAAGCCUAGUUUCCAUAUCAACGUAAGAAAAGCAAAGAGAAACGCCAACAUGACCAAACUGCAACGCAGACAUAUGGAAACAUUUCAUUCGGAAGUGUCGCCGACAACUAAGACGGACGUAAACUACCUCGAAGACGAUCGGCAAAAUUGAACACGGUUCAACUUUGCCGACAGUUCCACGCACUGUCUGUGUAGUCUGCAUAAGCUGAACAUCAAUAUGGAAACCAGGCUUAACACUGAAUGGCAUUUUCACAAAGUGUGUAUAUUCAUUUUAUAUUUUCUAAGGAUUUUGUGUUUUACUGGAUUAACACAUUUAAAUAUUAAUUUGGUCUCUUCCAUAUUUUGAGCAGAGCCAUAAGGUUUGAGUUCUGCUUGAAAUAGUUUUUGGUGUUACAGCCAAUGAAUUCCCCACAAAACUUUUGAAAAAGAAAUUUACCACCAAAAAUACGACUGUCUGUACCAUAUGGCUUAUAAUGUGGGCUUUUUCUUCAAGAAAAUUUGUAGUUUGAACAGCAAAAAGGCAUACAAAAAAAUACUUGAAAAUACAAAAUGACAGCAUUGGUAAUGGUAGAAUUUUGUGGUUAGUUUUGACAAUAUUUUUGUUUACCUUGGUCUUUGAGCUUCAAUUGUGGAAGUACCUUUCAGUCAUCCAGUUGUAAAUAAUUUUUGAAUAAAACAAAUUUCCAUGUCAGGACACAAAAUUUAGACAUUAAAUGGGUUAUAUAGUCUUAUCUUCAAUAAGGAAUUUGUAAAUAAUUGACAUGGUUUGUAAAUGAAUGCAGUGUUAGUUUUUAAUCACCUUGAAAAUCAAAAUCUAUGUUUUCCACAAGAUUUGUUAUAGAUUUAUAUUAAUUCUUUUAAAAUUUCCUUUACUUGUAUUCCGUCCAUUCAAAUAUAAAAGACAAAGCAGGGAUUUGCUUUAGUCGUGCCUUGUUAUAAUUUGGAAUAAAAUGCUGUAUUUCCAAUAAAGACUUUGUGUUGGUACAAUCUGAGAAA